AUGAAGAACCACAUUGUAAAUCGUCCAAGCAAAGCUGCCAAUCUGUCUGUGGGCGUAGUUUGGGCGUGGGAUGCAGACGACGAACAGGAGGGCACCAACGCCCGCCUCACUUACAGUAUAGACAAGAAUGUGAUUGAGGAAGUGUCUGGUCGACCCAUCUUCACAGUGGAUCCCCUGAGCGGCCUUAUCCGCACAGCGAUCUGUUGCCUCGAUCGUGAGACCACUCCCGAGUACCACAUCCAGGUGGUUGCCCACGAUGGUGGCGGCCUCAAAGGUACAUGCACGGUGGUCGUGAGGUUGGCAGAUGUUAACGAUAACUCUCCAAGGCUGACCAGAGACUUGUGGCAGGUGGAGGUGGAGGAGACCUGGGGUGAGGGACCUCCUCUCAACCACACCCUUCUGAACAUAACUGCUUCGGAUCCUGACACCUCCAACUAUUUCUUCUACCGGGUGGUUGAGGAGAGCGGGUGGGGGUGGCAACACUUCGCUAUGAGAACUGAAGCCGACAAAGGUCAACUGUUUGCCAUCAAGACUCUCGACUACGAAAACGUAGAGCAGCGGCGAGGCUUCCGCUUUAUGGUGCAGGUGACGGACAGGGUGAGUAUCCUCCCCGCAUACACUCAUUCACAGACUGGAUAAUGAACAAUAAGUUUUAAGCUAUUUUUGAAGAAUUAGUCUUUAGCACUAAGAGUUUUUCGACAGUGUGAAUUUUGGACAGUGUGAAUUUUAGAUAGUGGAUUUCUUGAACAGUAUCAAUCUUAGCUGGGAUUUUUUGUAGAAUGAGUUUUGGACGGCGAGUCCAAAAAGACACAGAACUUGAGGCCUUUGCCAAUGUUUGGGCUUCGAGUCAUUUUAGAGCUAUUAUUUGACAGCAUCAAAUACAAAUUUACACUGAUCAUCAACCUCUGUUGUCUCUCUCCGUAAAGAAAGAUCUAUCACGAAAGUAUACUGGUGGUCUCUUUCACCGACUAUAACCAGGAUAUUCUCCACGUUCUUGAUAAGAGGAAUAUUGAAUAUAACUGACAAGAUGAUAAAUAAAACAUGUGCAACAGUUAGGUAUCUUUACAGUAGGCUUCUUCAGUCGAAUACGGAGGAGACGGCGUAAGAAGUAGAGAUGUAAAGACUAUGUAAUCAAUUCAACAAGGAUGAUGGACUGAUUAUAUCAUUUUUACAUCUCUACUGCUUCUGCUGCCUCCUUCAUCUAUUGUAUUCUAGUGAUGACGCCUACUGUAUAGGUGAAACGUUUCGGAAUAAAGUUACCUAACUGUUGCACAUGUCUUACUCAUCAAAAAGAACGUUGUUGCCAUCCCUUUGCCGAUGCAAAUCGCUUCUGUUAGUUCUGCCAACUCCUCCGUUGACCAUAUACAGGGAAAUUCAUGCUUAUGCAAGUCAAUGAACAACAAAAAUAAAAUCUACACAAAAUGAAGUGGUUUCAAUACUGGUAAAUGCAGGGAAAAUGUUCAAGAAUGAUUUUACUAUAAUCAGUAGAAAAAAUUGCUGCUGCUUAUAGUAAGACAGUAUUUGCUGGUGCAAGUUAUUGCACCAGCAAAUACUGACAUUAAAAUGAAACACUUGCAAGGUAAUAAUGUGAACACAAAAAUAUUGUCAACAAAACGGUAUAAAUGCAAUAAAAGCAAAUAUGGUAGGGUAUAAGUGCAUACAAUCUGUAGUAAACGAAUUUUCGCCCAAAAAAUCAGUAUUGGCAAUGCAGUGAAAGGAAACAAUUGCAGAAAUUUGUUCAAAAGCUGAAUAAAUGACUCAAAACAAUAAC